AGUGCAGUUACAGUGCGAGUAGACUGGUCAAAGGCAGCAGACGCGAGCGUGCUCCUGAGUUUACACAGUCAUAACAAGUUAGCUGCUACCAUGACAACUUCUAUAUUUAUACUCGUGCUCGCAGUACAUUCGUUGUCAGCUGUAGCAGCAAACAAUGACAUACCAGAAGAAUGCCGGGACCUCACAUACUGCACUGUGAAAGGACCGAACUACCCACAAGAAAAAAUUAAUAACAUGUACAAAAAUUUACAAAAAAAACUUGUCGUGCAAAGUCUGGCACCUGAAAUCACAUUUCCCAGUCGCGGUAGCGGGCCGACGGCCGACGGGGAAGACGACUGUGAAGUUACUACAACAGUGGAGGAUAUCUAUCACGUGCGUGAAGACGUGAACAAGCCGUGGCGGACAGUCGUCCAGGUGCCGAAUGUAGACUACUUGCAGAGAGUCCGUUUAGUCAUAUGCGUGCAAAAAGAUGCGACGUGCUUCAACACUUUCGCGAAGGGUUUAAGCCAAUUUGUUACGUACUGCCAUCAGAAGUACAUCAGCUAUAAAUUCUUAGUUCUGAAGAAUGACAACAGCAAUGAAACAGAAACCGCCAUAGGACAGCUGCCCGUUUGCUGUUCGUGCAGAUAUAAAGAAGUUUGAAAAAACAAAAGUACCCACAACGAAUAAUAACUGAAUACACAUUUAAACUGGAGUUAGA